GUCCAGGAGAGCAUUAAUUCCACUAAAUUCUCCUAUCAUCUAUAUAUGGCGCAAUCAAGUACUUACCCUUUCCCUCCCUCGGGGGCCAAUCCCCUCCCCAACAAUGUUCUGAUCAUUAGUCCUCACUUUUACCGUCCUUACCCCGUCGAUCUUUCCAUCGUCAGAAACGUCAUGCCCAUUAAAGACAGCGAAUUGGUGGGCACUGGCAUCGAUGGAAACAUCAUAUUCAAAGUCAAAGGAUCCUCCAUUUUCAGCCUUCAUAGCAGUGGGGUCUUGCUCGAUGCUGCAGGAAAUCCCAUUGUUAAGACAAAAGAUAACAACACAAAUGAGAAGGUCUGUGAUUUUAAGGUCAAAGGAAGUUGGCUUGAGAGAUCCUGCGUUGCUCAUGCCGGAGAGUCUUCGACCAUUGUUGCCCAGAUGCAUAAAAAGAUUACAGUUGAAAGCGUGUUGAUAGGAAAGGACAACUUGAUGCAGGGACGUAGCCAGAAAAUAAUGUUAGGGGCGAAGGGGGGCCAGCGCUUAGCCUGCACCCCCCCCCCCCCUGGCUCCUUCCCUGACUUGACGGUAACAGUGUAUCCAAACAUUGAUUUUGGAUUCAUAGUGGCUCUUGUAGUCAUUCUUACUGCCAUCAACGAGAGUGACCAGCAGGCGGCGGCAGGGCAAGGGGCCAUCAGAGGCGCCACUGCAGGUGCAACUGCUGGUGCCUGUUGACAUUUCCUUCUGCAGAUUACGUUUUGGAUGGAGUGAAUGGAAAAUUUAAUUUCAGCGAAAUUUUGAAAUAAAGGAUCUGGAGUACGUUUAGGAUUUUUUUCCUAUGGAGUAACUUUUCUCAUUAAUUUGAUGAGAACAUGUGAUGUGCUUUAUUGGAAGUAAUGAAAUCCAGAUUACUUU